UGGCGACAGACGAAUUCUAUUACUAGGAGCUGUCGUACAUUAUUUUCGAAGUAAUAAAUAUUAAUUAUUCGUCAGUGUAAUUGCUAACUAUAGCUAUAAUGACCGAAUCAAGUCGGAGUGUUUCUGAAAGUAUAAUUUUCAGGUGAUAAUAGUUUAUUACAUGGAGAGAGCGCACUUAAGAAGGGUUGCAUAAAACUUGAAAGAGGUGCUUCGCCAUGGCAUCUCCAGUGGAUUAUCAAUGGGCCUAUUCCAUCAUGGAUUCUUCACGGGUGUCCACGUUUCUCAUCUCGAUCCUCCUCAUAGUUUAUGGAAGUUUCAGGUCUUUGAACAUGGAACAAGAAGCUAGAGAAAGAGAAAAGGAGAGAGAAAAGGAAAGAGCCAAAGGUCUUUUAACUGGCUUAACCACCUCUACUAGCUCAGGUUGUGACAACAAUGUUCAAACUUUAGACACAAUGCAAGCUUUGUGCUUACCACUUGGAGCUUCCAUCUCUCUUCUUGUAAUGUUCUUCUUUUUUGAUUCAAUGCAGAUGCUGUUCGCAAUAUGCACAGCAAUAAUUGCCACAGUGGCAUUGGCAUUUCUCCUUCUACCAAUGUGUCAGUACAUCAUACGACCCUGCUCAGAUGGAAAUAAAAUAUCAUUCGGCAUUUGUGGUCGUUUCACCGGUGCUGAGUUAUUCUCAUUCUCCCUUGCUUUGUUCAUCGUUUGCAUCUGGGUGCUGACAGGCCAUUGGCUCCUCAUGGACGCAAUGGGCAUGGGAUUGUGUGUAGCAUUUAUUGCAUUUGUCCGCCUGCCGAGCCUCAAAGUGUCAACAUUGCUACUCACAGGACUACUCAUAUAUGAUGUAUUCUGGGUCUUCUUCUCAUCAUACAUAUUCAACACUAACGUCAUGGUCAAGGUCGCCACGCGGCCAGCUGAAAAUCCAGUCGGACUUGUGGCCCGCAAACUACAUAUUGGUGGAGUUGUGAAGGAGGCUCCCAAACUCUCUUUGCCAGGAAAACUUGUUUUUCCUAGUCUACACAAUAGUGGACACUUCUCAAUGCUUGGACUCGGAGAUAUUGUAAUGCCAGGACUGUUGUUAUGCUUUGUACUUAGAUAUGACGCAUAUAAAAAAUCUCAGUUGUUACACCUGGGAGAAACUGGAGUACCACCACCCAAACACCUAAACAAAUUAAGUUACUUCCACUGCUCGUUGAUUGGCUAUUUCCUGGGAUUGCUGACGGCGACAGUGUCGUCCGAGGUGUUCAAGGCAGCUCAGCCUGCGUUGCUGUACCUUGUACCCUUCACCCUCCUGCCUCUGCUCACCAUGGCUUAUCUCAAGGGUGAUCUGAGACGAAUGUGGAGUGAACCUUUUAUCAUUCAUCCACCCUCCAAACACCUAGAAGUCUGACUAAAGUAUUGGCCAGUUAUUUUAAAGUUGGCAUAAACACAUGUGACACUAGUCGAAGCACAUGUGUGGGCUGCUCAUACUACUGCCACCUAAAUACUCCACUUUGUUUUGUAUACUCUUUUUAUAUUUAUAUAUAAUGAUUAGUAAUAUUGGCUGUGGCUCAUCUACAUGCAUUUAAAUGUUAUAAGUUGCUUGAACUUCCUACGAGUGUAAUGGAGCUUCCUUCACUCUGAGUCUGUCAGUUUCUUUUUUCAUUUGCAAGUUUUAACUUUUUUUACUGAAUGUACUAACAUCUCUUUGUCUCAUUUAAGUUUCUGAGCAUUUCGCAUGUCUGCUGUGCCGGUUGUGUGUCAUUGUAAAAUAUGUGUAAAUUAAGCUUAGUAAUUUUCUACGAAUAUUGUGUCGAUUGAAAUUUCAUUAAGUUGACUCUCAUGCGGCUCACUUAUUUAGUAAAUCACAAAACUUGUGGAACAGAAUUUUGUUUUAUAGCUUUUCUAUUUGUAGUGUUUAGCUAGUAUGAUGAUUAUUUUAAUUUUCCAAACAUAGCUGAUUUAGCAUAUUUUGUUUUAGUACUUACUUUUCUAACUAGGAUUUGUUAACAGUUUUGUAUUAAAUCUUUUCUUUGGUUCCCUCAAUUUGUAAUUUUAUGGCUUUUUGACAAUGUCAUUUUGAAUCCGCUGUUUAAAUACAGUGUAUUUAAAGAGAUGCAGAUAUUUUAAGGGGUUAGGAGAGUUUUUGCAUUGAAAACUUUUAGGACCCAAUCCAAUUAACUGAUCUUCAAAUAAAUUUUGGAUUGAUUUUAGAUAAUCAAUCCAUUUUUUUAAAACUGUGCUGAUAUUAUUUUCUUGUCUGAAAAUGUUCAUAUACUGUUCACUGUCAAUUUAGUUAAACACACAUAUACUAGAUUAAAAAGCUGUGCAAACUGAAUAUUUUGUAUGAGGUUGCAAAAGCUCUCUUUAAAAAGCUCCUACCGUUAAUACAUGUUAUUUUUAAGUCUAUAUCUUGAAUUAAACAAGGUUUUAUAAACACUUCUACCUUAUAGGCACACCAAGCCUUUCAGCAUAGAACAGUUCUUUUUUGAAUGCUACUAUUUCUGUAUCGAAUUGUUGAAAAUCUGACAUAGUCAAAAUAACUUGUUUUGGUUGCUAUCCAAAUUUUAUGGGCCUGAUAAUAUGCCAGUUAUUCCUUUCCUUGUCUUUUCAGUUGCCUAUCAUCAGGUCUCAGAAUGAACCAACUUUCUCUAAAGAGUACAUGAUUUUUAUAAUCACUAAAUAUUAAAUAGUUAACACCUUGAUGGUUAUCCUAUUUCAUAAUUGAAAUAAGAAAUAAACGUGUUGUUAAUAAAACUACUUUUUGUAGGAUUUGGAAAUGAGUUAGUGUUCUUUCACAAGAUAAUUAUUUCACUUUGUACAUAAAAUCACCAAGGCAUACUCUUUCUUUUGAGGCUUUGUCAUAAAGAAACAUUCAUGAAAAGUCCUAAACUGAUAUAGUACAAAGUUGGUUGCAUUUUUCAUAAUUUUUCAACAUAUCAGUUUCAUGUUUUGUGUAUUGCUUGGUGCCUGUUGUGUAUAGUUGUCUCCAAAUUAUAAGUAUUGUUUCUAAUAUUUAAAAAAUCCUUGUUAGAUGAAACAAAACUAGUAGGGAUUAAAAUCACGAUAAGCACAUGGAUAGGAAAAUCUCAGCUCUUUGGAAGGCAGUCAACAUUUUUUCCAACAAAAAAAAUUAUUUGAAAUUAGUUAAAAGAAUCAAAUCUGUCCUUUGGAUAUUAUGAAAACAAAUUUGAUUUGAACAAUGAUGCCUUAUGUAAUAUUGCCAUCUUAGGAUGGGAAAUACUCAUAUUACAGUCCAACCUCGGUAUAACGAAUCUGCAGGGGCCGAACUGAAUAUUCGUUAUAUCAAGGAUUUCGUUAAAACGAGGUUUGUUAUAUUGAGGUUAGGUUUGCAGCAAUUUUGCUUAGUCGUGGUUCAGAACCAGCGUCGGUCAAUAUAGGUUGGGAUUUGACCUCAUUAAAACACAAUUAACAUAGCAUAGGCUACAAUACUUUACAGUACAGUGUUAACAUUGUAAAGUAGAACCACAAUUAUCUGGAGUAAUAAAGGGGUGGGAUCUUUAAUAUUGAACAAUCAUGGCAUUUCUAGUCAUUGACCUUGGUACAGGUUACAAACUGUAAGUUUAACAUCACAGCUUAAUUUAACCCUCCUAAAACCUAGCCAAACACUGCAUGUAUUGUAUAGUCAUAAACCACGUAAUAUCAACAAAAAAAACCGUAUAGAGUUUUGUAAGCUACUGCUCGUGAUAUGCUGGUAGGCUACUUACAGUACAGUACUGAUUUAUCACAACAGAGGAAUCUCAAUAAUAAUCAUCAGCUAUAGCAUUGGUGUUGCUAGUUGAAACAAAUCGUAAUGAAAACAAUAAAAAUAUUAGAUAAGUCAUUAUAAAAGUGUAUAAUCAUAGAAGAAUGUUAAGAUAACGAUGUUGCUAUUCUUUCUCUUUGCUUUUGUUUUUAUAUUCAUUCUUAGGCACUUCUCUUUAUUCAAAAAUUGUACAAGUCACCAUAGUUAGGCACUUAUCGCCCAAUCACAGCUUACUAAACAUUAAGUCGUCUACAGUCCUCUCCUCAGUGAAUUAAAUCAAAUCAGUCCUCAGUAUGUCACAUAGCGUGCAGCGACAGCAGCAACAGAUAAAGAUGUGUAAAACGGAGCAGACGAAUGUUAGCGCAAGCAAUGACGUCACCUUUCGAUUUCAUUUGAUAAAGAAACAGAUUUUCCAAAAACAAUAAUGGGGUGGGGGGUUUGUUAUAUCGAGGGAAAGAUGUAGACAGUUUGUUAAGCAGAGGUUAAAUUCGCUAUGUAGAGGUUCUGACAAUGAUAAAUUCGUUAUAUUGAGGUGUCUUAUUUUAGCCGAAAUCACAAAAAAUUUGUUAAAUCAAAGUCGUUGUUAUGGUUUGUUUGUUAUGUAGAGGUAAAAUAUACAUUGUGUCUUAUGGAGAGUUCUAGGGGAUUAAAAAAAAAUUUGUUAUAUCAAGGAAUUCGUUAUAUCGAGGUUCGUUAUAUCAAGGUUAGACUGUACUUAAUUUAGUUUUCGGAGGAAAGAACACUUGGCUUAGGAAUACAUUAAAGAAGAAGGAAUGGAUACAAAACUGGAUAGAUUGGAUCAACUGGAUGGAUACAAGACUGCCUUUGUAUUACUUCCUUCUGAGGAAGUCUGUUGUAGGGGCUAAAUAUCAAAUUAAUUGUGUUAUAAAAUUUCUUCUGCGGUUAACUGCGUGGAACGCUUUUCUUGGAUAGGUUAGUGGUGUAUUCAUUCCUUCUUCCUUAAUUUAUAUACAUCCUUACUUUAUUUUUCCAUCAUUCCAAUAAGUGUUGCUAAAUAAAUCUUGCUAAAUAUUAGGUAAACUACAGGUGUGCGAUGCAUAAAAAAUCAUCCAAAUUGUGAUUUGAUACAAGGAAUCUUCCAUUCUGUCAGAUCAGUUCUGAUUUUGUUGUGAAGUUGUAAAAAGAACACAUAUAUUCCAACGAUUCCGAUUCCUGGUGUAAACAUACAGGGUGACCAACUUACCUGUGCCACCAUUGGUGUCUCCGAAACUAUUACAGUUACAGUAGAGAAAACAUUAAAUGGAGAACUUCAAUAAUUUUUUAAGACAUUAAAAAACAUGAAUUAUUCCACUUUUUCAAAAAUUACCACCAUUGGAAGCUAACUUUGAAAUUCUUAUGAAACACCCUAUAUUUUAUGAUGGUUUUAGAAUGUAAACAUGAUUUAAAAACUUUUUUCUUGAAAGUUUCUUUCUAAAGUGUGUAUGAUAUUGCAGUGUGUUAAACUUAAAAAGAAAAAAAAAUACUUGUGGUGUACAUUCUGCAUCCUGCAGCUCAUUACAAGUAAGUUUGGAUAGGAAAUGCCAAGAAUAAAUAAAUAAGUCUUAAAAUUGCAUCUAGAUUCCAAAAAGAUCACAAAAUACAUUAACAAUUUAAAUUCCCUUGUUUUAUAAAUGGCUGCCAUCUUCCUAUAUGGCGACUAACUUUAAAAUUGUAAAACUCUUUAUUUUAUGGUAUAAUCUACAAAAACAAGAUAAGUUUUGGUCCAUUAUUUAUACAAACUUUUAAAAUACCACCAGCAUAUAAAGUAAAAUAGGUAAACUAAUAUUAUGCUCGAUUUUAGCGUUGGAUUUUAUGUUGUAACCUGUUUUAUCAAGUAGCCUUAAUUUUAGUAUUAUUAGAUCUAAUUCACUCAAAUUUUCACUACUCAAGGGUUUUGAUUGUAAAAACAAUGCAACAUGAGUGAAUCUAUUUUUUUCUUAGACAGUCAAAACCCAAUUUGUCAUGGACAAAAAUCGUAUAAUAAUAAUGCAAAGAUCUUAUUUUACUUCCAUGAAUAGGUGUUAAAAUCUUUAUGUUGUGAUUUGGCGCUGGAAUACUUUGUGGAACCUAUUAUGUGAUUAUACCUAUUAUUUGUUUUCUCCUGAUUCAAUACCUUGUAUCUAUUAAUGAACAAAUAUUUGUAAUUAUAUACGUAUACAAGGUUUUUGUUAGAUAUUAAAACUCAUAUUUCAUAUUUUAAAUCAUACCUUUACAGGAAUUUCAGUGAAUUUAUUACUGUUUUCUACCUCAUUAAAAAGUGAUUAAUUCACCCUCCCUGUACUGUAUGUGUUACACAUCAUCCUAUCAAAUGUUCAUAUUAUCUACCAGUAUGUUUUGUUUGAUUAUAAUCAACAGUCUAUCAUUUCACACAUAAGACUUUCAUUAAAACCACUUGUGAUAUUCAUUAUAUGUAAAAGUUAAUUUAGUUUUUAUGUGAAUCUUUCAAAUGUAAACAACAUGUUUUUUACAUGUUUCAUAUCGGAUGGAUUUAUUUACAUUAUCCUUUACUUUCCGAGGUAAAAUUGUACAAAGUAAUUUUUACGGUUGUAUAUAUUUGGAUUUAACAACCUCUGUACAGUAAUGGGACAUGUCAUCUUUCUACGAUAAUUAUUUUAUAUAACAUUGUACUUGUGUAUUGUAUGUAGUUUGUAAUGUCAGAUUUUAAUCCACCCUGUCAGUUGAUUGUUUGUAUGGCCGA